CAAAUGCAAUAAUAAUAAUUCAACUAAAACCAGGAAUAGUAGUAACAGAAUAAUUAAAAUCAAAGUAACCGAAUUGAGUUUGAAAAUAAAUUUCUUGAAGCGAUUAGAAAAUCAAAUAAUUCUAGAGAUAGAAGUGAACAAUAAUAAAUGGACAAUAAUCAAAUAUCAGUAAAAAUAAUAUUUAAAGUCUCAGUAUUAAUCUAAUAGUGGCCAAAGAAUAACAUCGAUUAAAAUAAUAGAUUAAAAUUAAUAAUACGAUUGCACUGCCAUUGCAUUUCAUCCAAAAGUUGAAUAAUAUUUAGCAGUUGCAGUAGGAAAUAAAGUUUUAAUUUACAAUUUAUAGAUUAAUUAAGGAUUAGAAGAAAAUGACGAAUCAAGACCAGGAAUACUAAGAAUUAAUGAGUUAAAUGAAUAACAAAUAAUUACAGCUCUUAAUUUUCUAUUUUAUAAAGUAAUUACAAAUUAUCAUGAUAUUAUUGUUGGUACUAAUGAUGGAAUAAUUCAUAUUGCAAGAUAUAGACCAUAAAACUAUCAGUAAGGAACAAAUAACUUAAUAAUAGAAAAUAGAAUUUAAAAUAUUGGAACUUAAAAUCAUAUUGAUCAAAUAAGUUGUAUUUUAACAUAUACAUAUACAUAUACUUUUUAAUUUGACGAUUUAAAUUCUAGAUAAAAAGAAGAAAUAAUUAUUUUAACAAGUAGUUAUGACGGACAAAUUUUAUAAUUCAGUUAUGAAUAAAUUAAAGAAGAAAAUGAAGAAGAAAAUCAAUAAUCAAUAUAAAAUUUUUUGAUGGAAAAUAAAGGAAAGGUAAAUAAUAAAUUAAACAUUUAGUAGAUUACUUUUCAAUAAGAAGCAAUUUAUUGGAUAUCUCUUAGUGAUAUUACUGGCAGGGAAACUUAGAAUUUGAUAGCUUCAGGUUAUGAGAAUUAUUUUUAUAUUUGGGAGAGAAAAUAAAAUUAAAUAAAAUGGAAAUUCAUAUCUAAAUAUAAAAGAUAUGGUGUUGGCACUAGAGUAGCCUUUUUUGGAUCAAGCUUUAUAGUAUGGCAAAUUUUUUAAAAAGAUUAUAUAAAUAUUUUACAAAAUUUACAUAAUUGGGAUAAGAACCCUGAUGCACCUCAAACUAUAAAGGCAGAAAAUGUAAUAAAAGUUGAAUUCAACGAAGAAUACAUUCCUAAUUAAGCAAUUUUAGAUAAUGAUAAAUUUCCUUUAUUGUUAAAUAACUAGAGUUAAGACAUGCUAAUGGGAAUCAAAUAUGGAAAGAAUAUACAUUUUUUGAAAGGCCUUUUAUAAUUUAAAAGUAAAGAUGUGUAACGAUAAUUAAAUUUAAAGGAUUACACCACAGUAAAAUUCUCAUUUCUUAAAGAAUAUGUAGAAUGUGGGCUUAAUUGCACUGAAGGGGCUAUCUCACCAUCUUGUAACAAUAUUGCAAUCUAUGAUAAUUAGACAAAAUAAAUUAAAAUUUACAAUACACCAUUAUCAAAAAAUAAAUGA